AUGGCGAAUCGACGCCAGCCAGUACCACAAAGAGCGCAACAACGGGUAUAUAGACAAUCUCAAAUUCGAUAUGCUCCUGGCGCUGGAGGGGAAUCUGAAAUUAGUUGCUGCGUGAAGUAUUCCGUAUUUAGUUUCAAUGUAAUAUUUUUCUUACUGGGUUUCGGACUACUGCUCUUUGGAGUGUGGGCUCAAAUUGAGAAAGAUACGUUUGUAAAUCUCCUCAGUAAAGCCUCAAAGCUUUAUCUCGAUCCUACAUGGCCUCUUCUGAUCGUUGGAUUCCUGACAUUCACCAUAGGCUUCAGUGGAUGUGUCGGAUCGCUUCGCGAAAACACUUCUUUUCUCACGUUCUAUUCAACGCUACUAGGACUUCUGCUCAUUGCUGAAAUAUCGGCUGGAGUUUUUGCCUACGCCUGUCGAGACCAGCUAGACAACUACAUCAGAAAUCUCCUUAACGACGUAGUGGUUGGAUAUCGAGACGAUCCAGAUCUUCAAUUAUUGAUUGACUCAAUGCAAGAAACAUGGAUGUGCUGUGGAAUUAACGGAGCUGAUGAUUGGGAUAGGAACACGUAUUUCUCAAUUGAAGCUAGAGAAGUAGCAUCCCCAGAAGCUGGAGGAGUACCCUUCUCAUGCUGCAUCAACAGUAGCAAGCUGGAAUUCAAGAACUAUUUUUGUGGCCACGGAGUUCGAUUAAAGCCCGAAAGUCACAUGGCAGCGCAUUUGGCCGCGCAAAGAGUCAUGGCUCACACAUCGUCAAUCUACACUGAAGGUUGUCUACCGAAACUACAACUUUGGCUUAAUAACAAUAUGCUAUUGGUAGCUGUUUCGAUGGUUAUCAUUGCAAUAAUACAGGUGCUCGGUAUUUGUUUCGCUCAAAAUCUCAAAUCGGAUAUUCUGGCUCAACGGGCGAAAUGGUACUACACUCAUUAA